GCUAAAAUAUGACCUUGACCUUCGCAUGUUAGGUAAUUUUGCGUUCGAAUGUUAUUUAACAUGAUAUUUAACGCGUUAGAUAACACUUACAGAGGUUGUUCGAAAUCAUUUAGUUGACAGAUUAUUUUGUUUGGUCGCUGGUGAGUUUAAAAUCCAGUUGGAACUUUUACAAGAAUUUACAUAGAACAAAAUGUCAGCAGCAAGGUACAGACAAGCAUUGCGCAUUCUAGAAAGAUGGCCGACAGAUCCGAGCAAGGGAGAACAUCGUGAUAUAGGCAUCUUACUGAGGCAGAGGAUUGGCGCGAGUUUCAAAAAUGGAGAACAGACAGAGAUUUCAGAUCCUAAGAAAUGUGAUAAAAUGUUGUCAAGUCUAGAUAACAUAAGUGUUGAUAAAUACAGAAAACAGUAUUCAUUCACACCAGAGCUGAAAGUUGGGGCACUGUUGAUGGAGCCAGAGGAAUGUCAGUAUUUUACUUCAGAAGAAGGUGUUCAGUAUUUGAGACAGGAAGAAGAACAGGGUGUAUUACAGAGAACAUACACUAAAUGGUUUGGCUCUAAAACUGAAGACACUGAAGAGAAAAAAGUAGUGUCUUAGCAUUGAAAAAUUAGAUAUUUGGUUAAUACUGAUGUGUUAAGUUAUUUCAAACCUUUAUUUUACAUGUUUAUUUAAAUGAUAGUCAUCUAGAGUGGACAUUCAUGUCGAAAAGGGUUUCCAGCAUUCCAGCAAUUUCUUGGGAAAAAAUGCACAUGAGAAAUGAAGGAGACAUAAAAGUGUAUUUUGAAUGUGUGUUUGGUUAAGAGGUUUAACUGGAAUAUGGACAAAAUCCACCCGUUAACUCCGUGCUAAAAGGGAAGACAUCCCCAUUUAGAUUUUAUUUCUAUAUUGUAAAUAUCCAAAUAUUUACUUCAUUCUGUUUAGAAAUUGGUAAUCAUUGUUUAUUUUUUUUUAAAUCUAUAGAUUUUUUUUAUUCUGAAGUUUGAAAUAAAAAAAGUUUUAAGGGUGUUUUUUGUAGGAGUUGGGAAUUAUGCCCUACUUUGUUUUACUCUUUCCUUGUUGUGUAAUCCCAUAAAUGCAGGCUUUAUUAAGGUAGUUCUGCAUGUUCAUUUAUCCAAAUAAGAGCAAAAUCUGAACUCGGCAUAUGGAAAUGGCAAUCUGUGAAUUUAUUUAUUCAAAUGCCAGCAUUAUUAUCCUAUUAAAUCAAAACAUUUACAUGUUGAAUACUUUAAAAUUAUGUCUAUUUAACAUUCAGCUCGAAAUUUUAGGAUCUCUGUAAUCAUUGACCAGGGGUUUUUUUUACCAGGAGGGGAAGGGGCCCAGGCCUCUGAUUUGGGGAAAAAAGCAACUCGGUAUUUGGGCAAAGGGGAAUAAAAAACCUGAUGUAAAGUCAAUUUUUGGGGAAAACUGCAUGAUUUUAAAGAAAUUUUCUGAGGGGAAGGGGCCUAUAAACGGCCCCUAUUAUAAAGGAAAAAAAAACCUAUUGACAAAUAUAUCUCACAAGCAAGCACAUGGACCUAUAUAUUUUUAUUUCACAAUAACACAGACCUAUAUUUAUGACUGUGAGAUGUUUCAUUACAAUCUAGAUGGAAGAUAAAUUUCUAUCAAAAUUGUGAUGUUCCCUUAAGGUAUUGUACCCCUAAUAGUAAUGUUUAAAAAAUGGCAUUUGCGUGGUAUAUUCUUAAAGUUGACCAUGUUUGCAUGUUGCACUGUGUUGCAAAUUUUAAACAACUUUUACCGUACCGUUUUUUGUAAAUUUUGUAUAAUUUAUUGUAUUUCCUCAAGCUCAAGUAGAGACAAAUUUCAAUGUGAUGGCCACUAUCUAAAACGUUUGCAGAGAAUUCAUUACAGUAUUAAUUUUGAUAAAAGAAACAUCAAACUAUUGUUAAACAAUUAUAAAACACAAAAUAAAACUAGCCCGCCCGCUUAGCUCAGUAGGUAAGAGCGUUGGUCUACGGAUCUCGGGGUCGCGAGUUUGAUCCUCGGGCGGGGCGUAUGUUCUCCGUGACUAUUUGAUAAACGACAUUGUGUCUGAAAUCAUUAGUCCUCCACCGCUGAUUCAUGUGGGUAAGUUGGCAGUUACUUGCGGAGAGCAGGUUUGUACUGGUACAGAAUCCAGGAAUACUGGUUAGGUUAACUGCCCGCCGUUACAUAACUGAAAUACUGUUGAAAAACGGCGUUAAACCCAAAACAAAUAAACAAACAAACAAAAUAAAACUAUAAAUAUCUUUUUUUUCUAGGGUGCCUCAGGUAAACAGAUUUAAUGAGACAGAAUUCUAACUCCAACAUUGAAAAAUUAAGGUCAAAUCUUGUGGGUCUGUUUUGAAUUUUGCUCACUUCAUUCAAAAAUAAUCUUGGGGCAGAAGUAAAACCUACCUGCAUUUCUUCCACAAUAUGUAAUCUAAAGAAUGAAGGCAAAAUAGGGAACUUUUACCGCAUGUAACUCGGUAUUUUUAAAGAUAUCUAACCUUAACCCCUCCUGAUUCAGAGGUAAAUUCACAAAAAGGAGGUACUCUAUUACGGGUCCAAUACCUUAAACUUCCAUAAUGACAACUUGGACAAGGUCCAAAUUCUUAAAGUUGCCAAAUUUUCUUGAUCAAAUUGUAUAUCAUUGAAAAAAAAAAUGAUCUGAACUUGCUGAACUACCGUAAGUAAGUAUAUAAUAAAUGAUCUGCAGGGGUUCCACUAGACCUGAAAACCCAAGAGUCCCAGGACCCUUGGGUCCAAAUUUUGAUGAGUCCUUUUCCAAAAUAUAGGAGUCCCUGUCCCAACAUGGCAGUAUUAUAGACUUAAGUUUCUUUUAUAGUAAUAAGCAUAUGGUGGUACAGGAGUAUUAACAAAAAGUUGUUUUAUUAAUUAUUAUUUCAUAAUAAUAAUUCUUAUUAUAUAGUAAUAAACUAUUGCAAGAAUGUA